GCGCGAUCAAUCUAUCGCAGGAGCGCACUUUGAGCUGAGACCCGCAAUGACAGUCGGGUGUUUGAGCUUCAGCGUCACGGUGAACAACAGUCUGAGCACCCUGUGCUGCUGACAAAAGCAUGAAUUCACUGGAAACGACCGUCUGCUGUUGAAGAACCGACUCCAGGCAGAGCGCUCCGGAGGCAUGUUCAGUCCUCUGAGCGGCAGGCAGCAGCCGGCUGGUCCGGGCCUCACAGAUCUGCAGCUGUACAGUCAGUGGCUGGCCAGUAGACAUGAGGCCAGUCUGCUGCCCAUGAAGGAAGACCUGGCGCUCUGGCUCUCUAGCAUGCUGGGUGUGGAAAUCACAGCCGAGAGCUUCAUGGACAGGUUAGAUAACGGUUUCCUGUUGUGUCAGCUGGCUGAGACUCUGCAGGAGAAGUUCAGGCAAAAUGAUCCUGAUGUGAAUUCACCAGGAAAGUCGAUCCCCAGCCGCAGGAUUCCCUGCCGAGCCAGUGCUGCAUCUGGUUCCUUUUUUGCCAGGGACAACACAGCCAACUUCCUGUCAUGGUGUCGAGAGGUGGGCGUGGACGACACCUGCCUGUUUGAAUCAGAUGGGCUUGUUUUACACAAACAGCCAAGAGAGGUUUGUCUAUGUCUGCUGGAGCUGGGAAGAAUAGCAUCCAGGUAUAAGGUCGAGCCACCUGGACUUAUAAAGCUGGAGAAAGAGAUCGAACAGGAAGAGAAGACACCUGAACCUCCGCUCUCACCUGUACCUCCCACUUCCAGUUCUCAAUCUCCAUCUGUUUCUCCAACCAUCUCUCCAUCCAUCUCUCCAACCAUCUCUCCAUCCAUCUCUCCAUUCAACAAGACCAACUCCAGCAAAAAAAGCACCGGCAAGCUGCUGGAUGCAGCUGUAAAGCACAUUUCUGAAGAUCCACCCUGUAAGUGCCCAAAUAAGUUCUGCAUAGAGCGACAAUCACAAGGCCGUUACCGUGUUGGAGAAAAAAUGCUUUUCAUUAGAAUGCUGCAUAAUAAACAUGUGAUGGUGCGAGUUGGUGGAGGCUGGGAGACGUUCGAGAGCUACCUGCUGAAGCAUGACCCAUGUCGCAUGCUCCAGAUCUCUCGUGUGGAAGGAAAGAUAUCACCCAUCUCUGGCAAAUCUCCUAACAUCAAAGACCUCGCACCUGACAGCUAUCUGGUAGUGGCGGCUCACUACAAAAGCAAGAAAUAAAGAAGAAAUGUACUAAAGAAA